AUGGACUCGUCGUGUGACGUGAUAGAGAUUCCUAUUGAAGCUGCUCAAGAAUAUGUAACAACUGCAAUUGGAUUUGCGCCCCUUAAUUUAUCAGAUCUGAUAUAUAACAUAUUCACGGACAAUUUGUGCGAACUUGUUGAGAAAGUUGUUGGCGAGCUUUACGCUAAAUAUGAAAAGUAUCUUACACAGGACAAAGUUGAUGCUCUCAAAAAGAUGAUCAAAAUCAAGCUGCAAGGUCAACAAAACGUUCUCUUUGACCAGUUUGAUAAUUUUAUUAUUUGCGACAUUUUUAAUAUUGGUGACGAUGUAGUCUUACCGGACGAUAUUCCUCAAACUACGUACUCUAGGAAGAAGCACGAAUGGAUUAAGAAAAGUAUUGGUAAAUACGAACAAAAUUUGAUGUUGCUGAACUUAGUUCAAAAAAGGAUCGAUCAAGAGCUUGCGAACGUUAAGGUACUGCACGACGACCUGGGAAAGGCCUCGAUUAUGAUAGGAGAUGCAAUAAAAUCUGACUUUGGAGGGGCUUCUGAGGAAUUUCGUCUCUCCGUUGAUGCUCUCAUCCAUGGGAGAGAAAAUGUCCUUAAUUUCUUGAAAGGUUCCGAUACCCUUCCAUGA